UAUCGAGAUCAAUAUCACAAAAAUCGUAUACAAACGAGAAACUAUUGAUAUAUAAAUAACAGUUUGCCUUAAGCCGAUUUUUCUCUACACGUGUUAAGUCUGUCAAAUUAACCAUAGUCGUGGCUAUAUAGCAUACGGGGUCUUAAACCUCUAUCGUCGUCAAUCACUAUUCGCUUUGUGUGUGUGUAGGAACAACGCACUGUGUUAAGGGAUCAUUUUGAAACAGUGAAGGAUAAACAGAAGAAAGGCUUUGGAAAAUAAUAUGAAAUAUACAAAUAUGUGGGAUUGUGAAUAGUUCAUAUGUACAAGAACUUUCUGUGAUAUUUUAUUAAGGAGUUUUAUAUUUUAAAACAAUGACUAGCGCUUCUAGUUCUGCUAAAGGUGAAUUCCACAUUGGUGGAAAGUACAGACUUGUUAGGAAAAUUGGAAGUGGUUCGUUUGGAGAUAUUUAUUUAUCUAUAAACAUAGCCAAUGGAGAGGAAACUGCCGUUAAGUUGGAAUCACAAAAGGCACGGCACCCUCAGCUGUUAUACGAGAGUAAAUUGUACAAAAUACUUCAAGGAGGAGUUGGCAUUCCUCAUAUAAGGUGGUAUGGCCAGGAGAAAGAGUACAAUGCCCUGGUCAUGGACCUUUUGGGACCAAGUUUGGAGGACCUGUUCAACUUUUGUUCCCGCAGAUUCUCUAUGAAGACCGUCCUUAUGCUGGCUGAUCAGAUGAUCAACAGAAUCGAAUAUGUGCAUAACAAGAACUUCAUCCACCGCGAUAUAAAACCGGACAACUUCCUUAUGGGAAUAGGUCGACACUGCAAUAAAGUAUUCUUGAUAGACUUUGGCCUGGCGAAGAAAUAUCGCGACAGUCGCACACGGCAACACAUUCCUUAUCGGGAAGAUAAGAACUUGACCGGCACGGCUCGAUAUGCUUCCAUCAAUGCUCACUUAGGCAUUGAACAAAGUCGACGAGACGAUAUGGAAUCUCUGGGAUACGUCCUCAUGUACUUCAACAGAGGAACUUUACCAUGGCAGGGGCUUAAGGCAGCAACAAAAAAGCAAAAGUAUGAAAAAAUCAGUGAGAAGAAAAUGUCAACCCCUGUAGAAGUACUGUGUAAGGGCUACCCUGCGGAAUUUGCGAUGUACCUCAACUACUGUCGGGGCCUUCGUUUUGAGGAGGCGCCAGACUACAUGUAUCUGCGUCAGCUGUUCCGUAUCCUGUUCCGUACCCUCAACUACCAGUACGACUAUGUGUUCGACUGGACGAUGUUGAAACAGAAGGCUGCGGGGGCCUCGUCUGCUGCCCAUGGCUCAACGGCUCUAGCUACCGCAGGUCGAUGAUGCAGAACAAUAGAACUUCAGGGAUCUCUCUACAAGCUGUGAUCACCCUUGAGUGAUUGAUUGACAUUGAUACCACACUCCCCCCCCCCCACUCCACCGUUCUUCCCCACUCAACUCAACUCAAGUUACAGAAUUGGAUUUUUGUUGUUGUUGUUUUUAAUUAAAGGUUUUUUUUGUAUUUCAAAUAUUUUUUGUUGAUUUUUUUUAGAAAGUUAGAAAAUAUUUUUUUUAAAUUAUGACUACAAGUUUGGCAUAAAUAUUACGAUAUUAUAGAUAUAUUAUAACUGGAAUACAAUUUUUAUUGAAUAUGUCUCUCCAUAAUUUCAGUUUUGCCAACAAAUACUUAGUUUAGAAUGCUGUCAUAUUGAAUGAUUGGUACAUUGGAACCAAUUUUGUAUGAUGUUUUAGUAAAAGAGAAUUGAGUUGUCUUUUACAUUUGCUUUUGUGAAAUAAGUUUCGUUCAAAGGUUAAUUGUUGUUGCCAGUUAUUGAAAAGCUUGUGUAAGAUACAUGUACUUCGGUUUUUGUUGGUUGAAAAAUACAAAUGUUUGGUAUUGAUAAACUGUAAUAUUUCAGAAAUGAAAGGAAAUUAUAGGUAUACAUGUACCAUUUUUAACUGAAAUUAUUUGGUACUUUUCACAAUCCAAAAAAGUAUACUCUUAACCAAAAAAAUUUUUUUAAAAAUCACAAUCGUUGAAAAAUAAACUCUCAUAAUAAGUUAACUAGUACAGAUAUGUUUAAAUGCAGUCUCGGGCCUUUUAGGUACUUUUCAAUCCAUGGAUCUUAAUUGGGGCUUUGUUUUGUUUCUUUGUUUAUACUUUGGUAAAUCCACAAAUUUAGGCAUUUUGUCACUAUUUUGAUAAUUUUAAGGGCCAUGCCCGUGGCCUCAUCCACGAAAAGGUGAGGAGGAAACAAGUCAUGGUCAUACUGUAAAUUAUUGUUUUUUGAAAGCUGUUAGGACAUUAUUAUACUAGACAAAAUCUUUGUUGUAUAAAUUGAAAUUUUCUUAAUGUUUUUGUAGUUGUUUUGAUUCUUUUGUUUACUGUAAAAUAUUUCUGUUUGUUUUAGUUUUCAUUUUUCCUAUAAAAAUCAGACAAUUUAAAUUAAAUAUGAAACUUCUCCUGCAAUUCAAUUGAAUAUGUAGCUCUAAGAUGUGGUAUGUUUAGAUGCUAGUUACAAUUUAUUUGUUUUUAUUUAUUUUCACGAUUGUUAAUGGCUUUAUUCAUUCAUUUUGUUGCACAUUUUCAUUUUUUAAACAUGUCUUGUUUUUAAGAACCCAUGAUACAUUAAGAAGUAUUGAAUAAAAUCAUGAUGUUCAUGUAUAAAGAAUUAUUUAAUAAAGUCAUGAUACAUGAAUGAGUGUUUAAGUUAGUCACAUUACACCCAAAAAUAAUGUAUAUACAUGACACCGACCUAAUCAAAAUAUCAUGCAUAAAACAAUUAUAGAAUUCUUGGGCUUAGGCUUAAACGUAAGAUAUUUCUCAGUCAUUAAAUAUAGGUCAAACCUCGUAGAAAACCAAGAUUUAAGAACAUUAUAUGGUUGUCAUGGAAACAUAGUUUUGAGGUUUGCUUGUUUACAUUGAUUAUGACAUCAUCAAUUAUGACAUCAUCGCAGUUCUAUUUGAACCACAGCAAGCAGAAAUGGAUCGUUAUAGUCAAAUUUGAAAAUGUCAGAUUUUAGCAUCAUGUUGUUUUUACCGUAAACAACCCUGGAAGUAUCUCCGACCUAAAAAUAUCCCACCAUGGGCUGUGGAGGUCUGUUUUUAGUCACACCAAAAUAUGACGCCAUACCCUGCCUAAGCAUAUCAACUCUCAGACCUAUUUUUGCUUGUUAUGGUUCAUCGAUUACUUAUGUUUGAACAACUUAAAUGAACAAAAUAUUAUGCCAAGGCAGACUUUUAGUCUUCAAUUCUUUUGUUAAUAGUGCUUUGUGAAUAAAAACCUUUUCUUCUGUUUUCAAAUAUAGUGAGGUUGCGAAAUUCAAUUGUACGCUUUUGUGUACAUGAGGCUGCACGUGCCGUUAAAACUAAAGUCUAGUUUUAGAAACCGCUUGUGGGAUCUCUGUAUGUGGACGUGUAAACAGCUUGCUAUUCAAAUUAAUUCAUUGUCAGAUACCCACGGCCGACCCUUUCCAAUUUUCUAAAUAUAACAUAUGAUAAAUGCAGAAUAAUGCAUUUGAUCAGCCGCACGUAUCUUUGUAUGAUAAACCAUCUGCAUCUGUGGGUUUAUGAAGUUGUAGUCUCACAUUCGUUGAAGUGGGUUGCAAGCUUGAAUAUGUGUCCAGCUGCUAAUUAGAUAAAACCGGUUAUUUCUUAUAACUUGGAAGAUUAUCAUUAUACACAGACGUAUUGGGUGUAAAAAUUUUUAAUUGUUUCCACCAAUCCGCCGACCCUAUUUUUUUCCUCCCAACCCUUCACUCUCUUUAGUGUAGAUUUUUUAGGUUAUUUCCUAAAAAAUGUGUGCAUUAUUUGAGUGAACAUGUAAAAAUUAGAUAAUUUUAUAUUUAUAUCUUUCUACAAUAGUGAUAUACCAAGAUAUGGGUCUGUUUGGUACAGAAUCCCGAUUCUAAAUUAUUAUUUUUUUUAAAUAUUAAUUUCUACCAACCCUUUUUGUUUUUGGAGAUGUUAGUUGAAACAAAAUCUUUUAUGUUUUGGCCUAAGCAGCAUUUCGCAACCUCUAUAAUGUAUUGUGUUUUGUGUGUGCAGUGAAUGACUUCUAGAAAUGGGGUUUUCCACCUUUUCUUUUAUUGAAACUGACAGUUGUAUGACUUGCAGUAUUUAUUGUUGUGUAUAUAUACUUUUCAUGGAAAAAAUGAUGUUACUACAUGAUGUUAUAAGGAUGAGACCAGAAAUGAUGUCUCCUAUGUAAGGUAUUGAAUUUUACUGUAGAUGAUACACUAGGAAGAGCCAAAACACGAUCAGAUCCAGGGGGGGGAGGUUUAAUAAAACAAAUUGUUAUGGACUAGCCCCAAACCUCUCUGCCUUCAUUUUAAAUUUCGAUUCUGACAGAUUUAAGAUUUGAAUCCAAGUCUUUUGAUAAGACUGUAAAAAUAACUGGCCAAUGCACUAGAUGGAAUCACUGAGGCAUGUCGAAGGUCAAGGAUAAGAAUUAUAUUGAAUACAGCCCUAAAAGUAUGCAUGUAUAAUUUUAGAUUAUAUCAAUCAUAUUCGUAUCAUCGACAGUAAAAUUUGAUAGGUGGAGAGUUUUAAUCACAUGUUUUAAGGAGGGUUUCUUUUGGUGUAUUUAUAAUGUUAUUUUGUAGAUACCUGCUAGGCUAUAAGUGGUAUAAAUGACUAUUAACUGUUGUUUGUCAUGAUAAUGUACCUGUCAGUGAAUGAUGUCAGUAUAUUUUAUGAACACAUUUUUAUGGGCAAAUUUGCCAAAAUGUCUGAUAUGAAAAGAAACCAAAAAGAAAAAAAUAAAUGUUAAAGAUA